AUCAUGUGAUAUCAAAAUAUCGAGUGAUAGGUACGGUCGGUAAAAUAUCACGGAGGAAAUCAAGCUGUCAAACCAGAAUUCCCGCCAAAAUUGAAAUGUCAUAACAGUAGAACUGUCAUAAUCCAAAACAAAUCCACGAAAAUUAGAAAUUUUAUUGGAAAAAGAAAGUAGAGAAGAAAAUAUUUACAAAUAUUAGAGAAUUCAACUAAAAGUAAUAUGACGAUUGAUAGCAAACCUUUAAGAUACGCUCAUGCGGAAGGACACACUGAUGUUUGCUUUACAGAAGAUGGGCAGCAUUUAAUAACCUGUGGACACGAUGGAGAUGUUAGAAUAUGGAUGGGCAUUGAGGAUGAUGACCCGAGCUCUCAUUGCGUUGGUGAAAGUGCUCUUGCUGUCUGUUUCAAAGACAAAAGGCUGUAUGUGGCCACUGACAGCCAUGUGGUCCAAGCCUAUACAUUCCCAGCAUUUGACAAAGAUGGAAUCGUUACUAGGUUUACUGCCCCAGUUACUCAAAUCAAGUCAACUAGUAAAAUUGAGGCAUUGGGCUGCUCAUCAGAGAAUAUGGAAGCAAGGAUAUGUAGCUUAGAGGGAGGAGCACCUUUGUUUGUCAUGUCUGAACACAAGGGCUCUGUCCUCAGUAUAGCUAUUUGUCCACACAUGAAAUAUGCCAGCACAGCCAGUGGUGAUGGUAUGCUGAGAAUAUGGGAUAUUGAUACACAGAAAAUAGUAAAGGAGAUUACAUGUGUGCCAAAGAUUAACACAUUUUAUUCUGCAAAAGUAUUAUGUCGUAUUGAUUUUGAGCCUUCAGAAGGGAAAUAUUUAGCCUAUCCAAACAAUAGAGAGAUCAUUUUACUAGAUUGUGAAAGUUGGGGACAAAGGAUGACUUUUACACACAGCUCAAUAAAAUGUGCUAUAUCGCAAUGUCUAUUCUCACCUUGUGGCCAGUAUUUGGCUGGCAGCACUGUCGCUGGCCAGAUAGCUGUAUGGGAAGUUCAGACAGGAAAUUGUGUGGGACUUAUUGAGCAUCCAACUUCACAUAAUGUAUCUGCAAUGGCAUGGAAUCCAAAAGGCAAUGGUAUUUUAGCUUACUGUGAUGUAGCUGGGCAACUUGGCUGUCUUGUGAACUGUUAUGGAAAAGACAGUGAAAUCAGAGAUGAAAUAGAGACUGUUGAAAGAGUUGAUGAUGAUGAUAUAGGUGAUUUGAUGAUCAACAACGACAGUGAUGACGAGAACGCGAUUUCCUUGGAGAAGUUAAAGAAUGAGACGCUCGGGUUGAAUGACCCGCACGAGGAGUCGCGGCCGGCGUCCGCGCAGCCCCUCGCACCGGCCUGCGCGCCGCCGCAGCCGCCUUUCCAACCAUCGGCAACUCCUGCGCAUCUAGAACACAGAUACAUGUGCUGGAACGACGUCGGUAUAGUCCGUUGCCACACUACCGAAAACGGAGAGUCGAGCAUAGACGUCGAAUUCCACGAUACAAACGUGCAUCACGGCUUACAUUUGAAUAACUAUUUGAACCACACAAUGGCCAGUUUAUCCUCGAGUGUGCUGGCAUUAGCAUGUGAAACGCCUAGCAAGCUCGUCUGCAUAUCGCUGGUAGGCAGCAGCAAGGAGUGGAGCGUAUCUCUCCCGGACACAGAAGAAGCGCUGUGUGUGUGUGCCGCCGGUGGCGUGGUCGCGUGUGCCACCACCGCGCGCCUACUGAGGUUGUUCACGCCUAUGGGCACGCAGCGACAGGUAAUUUCCCUGGCGGGCCCAGUAGUCGCCCUUGCUGGAUACAACACAACAGUUCUGGCUGUAUACCACAGCACAGAACCCGGGGUUUCCGACCAGCACCUCGCUAUGGACAUCAUAGCGAUGAACGGCAGACACGUGCGAAGUAAAACGGUCCCUGUGCCGCUGACGCCAGGGUCCAAAUUGGCGUGGCUGGGAACCACCGACACCGGCUCGCCGUGUGCCUUUGACAACACCGGCAUGUUACGACUUUACGAUGUCGCGAGCGGUGUCUGGAUACCGAUAUCCGACACCAGCACGCAUUCUAGAGGAGUCUCAGACACCUGGUUUAUUGUUUCUGUAAGCGAGCCCACACAGACUGUCCGGGCUAUAUUAUGCAGAGGCGCAUCUUUCCCACCAACAGCGCCUAAACCUAUUGUUGCAGAAUUACCUAUACGCAUCCCGCUGUGUGAGCUGGACAGCGAGAAGGCGCAGCACGAGGAGCAGCUGGUGCGCUGGGCGCACUGCGCCGCCGACGUCGACGUCAAGGCUGCUAGGGAAGUCUCUCUCAAACUGUUUGCCCUCGCAUGUCGAAGUGAGAUUGAACAAAGAGCGUUAGAACUGAUGGAAAUCCUCAAAGACGACCGUCUCCUGCCUUUAGCCGCAAAGUACGCGUCGCGCUUAGGCCGCGUACACUUGGCCGACAAACUCACCGACUUAGCUUCGGCCUGGCAACGCGACGCAGACCUCAACGAAGCCAGAAACUCACACUUCAUGGAACUGGACACACAGGAAACCUAUGACGUCACCAGCACGGAGCCAGACUUGAACGCUAGUCUCAUUAUACCACAGAAGGCUAAAGAGAAGAAAACGGAGACCGUCACGCCUAUCAAACCUGUGCCUAUAAAAUCUUCGCCUGGCGGAGCUAGGAAUCCGUUCAGAAAACAGCAGGAGGCUACAAAGAACGUUCAGAGUCCAUUGAGUUUAACGGACCGGACGUUAGUCGAAGUGCACAGUCAUUCAGAAAAUGAUGAUCCUCAAAAACCAGUUGAAGGCGAAAAAUUCGUGGACUGGUUCGCUCGUAACCGAGAACGUCUCGAGCAAGAGAAUCCGGAGUUAUCACCCGCGGAGUUGACACGAGUCGGCGUGCGAGCCUUCCGCAACGCCGCCGCCCCCGCCGCUAACGGAGAAAACAUCAAUGGAGCCAAUGGAGCUCCCGCGAAGCGCAAGCGCGAUACGGAAACAGAAUCCGACGCCGUCGUCACCACUGCGCCUAAGCAGUCCAAACUCAGCGCUUUUGCGUUCCAGAAAAAAACGUAGUAAUGACGUCAUUUACAAUUUGGAAUGAUAGGGUUACAAGAAAAUUCGUGCUUUAAGCUGUUAAGUCGUAGACCGACGAACUAAACGCCCAAAACUUAAUUCGGGCUUCGUCAGCCUGUGAUUGGUGGAGUUUUAAUUUUCAUACAGACUUGAAUUCACUCUCAAGUGUAAAUUCGUAAUUGAGUGUUGUUUUAUAGCGCAUUCUGAACAGGCUACUCGGAUAUGAAUCUUCUUUGAAUUGAGUUAUGCUUAUGAGUGUGUUUUAAAAUGCGAUCUAUGUUCAUUAGCUCUUACUAUAAACUCGCCGAAGAGAAAGUGAAGAUAUUUUUGUAUUUUAGAUUAAGUGACUAUUUUUAAGAUGAAACAAUCAGGACGUUAAACUUAUAAGCCAAUAUUGUACAAAUUCAUUUUACUUAUUUAACAUUAUUUAAACGAAUAAAAACUUAUAAAAUUAUA